GUAUAACUUAUGUCAUUCUGGGUGUACUUCCUUUAAAUCAACACGUCUUGGAGGUUGGUGAAGUGGAGAAAAUGGCGUCAGAGGACAUUACUAAGCUAGCAGAGUCACUUGCCAAAGCUCAAGUGGGUGGAGGGCAACUGAGUUUCGCAGGCAAGAGCCUAAAACUCAACACUGCUGAAGAUGCCAAAGAGGUGUCUAAGGAAAUCGAGGAAUUUGAUGGCUUGGAAGCCCUGCGCUUAGAAGGCAACACAGUGGGUGUGGAGGCAGCAAAGGUCAUUGCCAAAGCCCUGGAGAAAAAAGCUGAGCUCAAGAGGUGUCACUGGAGUGACAUGUUCACAGGGAGACUGAAAUCUGAGAUCCCUUUUGCUCUGAUUGCCCUUGGAGAGGCACUCAUCACCGCAGGUUCCCAGCUGGUGGAGUUGGACCUGAGUGACAAUGCCUUUGGGCCAGAUGGGGUACGGGGCUUUGAGGCACUGCUGAAGAGUCCUGCCUGUUUCACUUUGCAGGAGCUCAAGUUGAACAACUGUGGCAUGGGCAUUGGAGGUGGCAAGGUGAGCGACGCUUCUCAAUCCCUCCUCUCUUGCAUUUGUCAUUCCUUAAAGACUGGGUGCUGGAGGCUAGGGCUGCUGCCGGGCAAACCUCUUGCUUUGAAAAUAUUUGUGGCUGGCAGGAACAGUCUGGAGAAUGACGGUGCAACUGCACUGGCUGAGGCAUUUGGGCUCAUUGGGACCCUGGAAGAGGUCCAUAUGCCACAGAACGGAAUAAACCAUCCUGGCAUCACAGCACUGGCCCAGGCUUUUGCUGCCAACCCUUUGCUGAGGGUUAUUAAUCUGAAUGACAACACCUUUGCAGAGAAAGGGGCAGUGGCCAUGGCUGAGACCCUGAAGACUCUCCGUCAGGUAGAAGUGAUCAACUUUGGGGACUGCCUGGUGCGCUCAAAGGGUGCCGUUGCCAUUGCCGAAGCUGUCAAAGAAGGACUCCCUAAACUAAAGGAAUUGAACUUGUCCUUCUGUGAAAUCAAACGAGAUGCUGCUCUGACUAUUGCAGAGGCUACUGAAGACAAGUCUGAAUUGGAGAAGCUGGAUCUCAAUGGUAAUGCACUGGGGGAAGAAGGUUGUGAACAGCUUCAGGAGAUUCUUGAAGGUUUCAACAUGGCAGAUGUGUUGGGUUCCCUGAGUGAUGACGAAGGGGAGGAUGAAGAGGAUGAAGAUGAUGAAGAGGAGGAUGAAGAGGAGGAAGAAGAAGAGGAAGAACAACAACAGUUGCAGGAGAGAGGGCAAGGGGAACAGGAAUCACUGCCUUCUAAGAAGAUCCUAGACUCCCAUGACUCUGCUCCCGUGUCUCCUUCUCCUCCUCCUCCUGUGGACGUUGCCACAUUCCUCGCCUUCCCAUCGCCAGAGAAACUGCUGCGAUUAGGGCCUAAGUGCUCCAUUCUGAUAGCUCAGCAGACAGACACAUCUGAUACAGAGAAGGUGGUUGCGGCUCUUCUGAAGAUCUCUUCUGUGUUCAAAGAUGAAACCACAGUGAAAACAGCAGUGCAUGAAACAACAGAUGCCUUGAUGAGAAAAGCCUUCACUUCCGCCACCUUUAAUUCUGAUGCCUUCAUCACCAGUCUACUGAUCCACAUGGGCCUGCUCAAGAGUGAAGAGAAGAUCAAGCCUGUCCCAAGCCUCUAUGGGCCUCUGAUGGCCCUGAAUCAUAUGGUCCAGCAAGAUUAUUUCCCCAAAUCCCUGGCCCCAGUUCUCCUGGCCUUUGUGACAAAACCCAACCGUGCUUUGGAUUCCUGUUCUUUUGCCCGCCACAAGCUGCUGCAAACCCUCCACCAGCUGUAGUGGAAGCACAGCUGUGCUUCUUCCCCCUCCUAGGACUUUUAUCAGCAAGAGCUCUUAGCCAGCUGGUGGGAGAGGAUGUCUGCACCCAUGGAAACAUGCUGGCUGUCUCUCACAGGGAUGUCUGUCCUUCUGCUUUAACAAUCUCGGAGGAAUCCUGCUGAUGGUUUUUUACUUUGUUUUUCCAUUUUUUUUUUUAAUUGAUGGUCCCACUUCCAAAGUGAAUUCCAUGGGCUUGAGGGCAGGCCAUGGGCCAGAACUGAUCCUCCAUGGGGCUGCAGUGCUCUCCAUAAAUGGGAAAGAGAUGGGUCCAUUGCGCUCACUGGGGCCAACAGGGCUUGUGCCUAAGCUACUGCCAGGCAGAAGGUGCUGGACAUGGGGUUUCUCUGAAGAAGCAGCAGCUGUAGUAAGCGGAGCUUUUGCAUGGUGCUGUGGCUUCUAUCUCAUGCUGCCCUGGGCCAUGCAGCUGGAAAUAGCAGCAGUGGUGUCUGCUUCUCUAUGGUUCUAAAAUUGCCCAGCUGUCUCCUGCUGCUCCAGGCUUGCAUUCCUAAUCUAACUGGAGAGUGGGGCCUGUGUGACCCAUCUUUUUUUUAAUCUGCUAAUCCCCUGCUACUCUAGAGUGGAUCUCCCUCCAGUAGACCUGACCCCCGUGGUUUUUGCCUGUUCAUUGUGAUAUUGCCAGAGCCUAUGUUCUCUUACCCCCACUUCCCAAUUAAAACAGGCUUGGUUUAGAAA